AUGAAUCUGACGACCACACAUGUACUCAGAGCCGAAACCCAGGAACUUGAGUCCACGGCGCUGGACGAGCAGUUACGAUCAUUCUGGGAGCUCGAGUCGUUAGGCAUAAACAAGGAAGAAAAGACCCUGUACGAUGAAUUUGCUAGCGACAUCACCUUCCACGAGGGACGGUACAAGGUGUCGCUCCCAUGGAAGGAGUUCCACGAUCCUCUACCGGACAACUACCAACUAAGCCUCAAACGAAUGCGAGGAAUGCUAUGCCGACUCUGGCAGAAUCCAGCAAUAUUGGAACGGUACGACCGCACUAUCAAGGAGCAACUGGAAAAGGGAGUCAUCGAGACUGUCCAAAUCGGAGGCAAGGACCCGGAACGGGUACACUACCUGCCUCACCAUGCCGUCGUGCGCAGUGACAAGACUACUACGAAAUUACGCAUUGUUUACGAUGCUUCAGCCAAGUCCGACGGCCCCUCACUGAAUGAAUGCUUGCACAAAGGUCCGAAGUUCAACCAACUGAUUCUCGACUUAUUGCUGCGAUUCCGAUCAUAUCCGAUUGCCUUGACAGCUGAUGUCGAAAAGGCGUUUCUGAUGAUAGCAGUUAACGACAGUGACCGUGAUGUCCUGCGGUUUAUUUGGAUAGACGAUAUCACCAAGGACAAUCCAGAGUUACAAGUGUUCCGAUUUGCCAGAGUUGUGUUUGGCGUAUCCUCAAGCCCCUUCCUACUCAAUGCCACGAUCAAGUUUCACUUGGAAGGUUACUUGGAAUCCAACGAGGGCACCGUUCGACGCCUACUCCAAUCAACUUACGUUGACGACAUCGUCACAGGUGCAGAAACGGAAGAAGCAGCGUUUGAUCUAUACGUCCAAGCUAAGGAUAUGUUUCGUCACGGAGGAUUCAACCACAGGAAAUUCCUGACCAACUCAAGAGAGCUACAGCAACGUAUUGACUGUGCAGAAGGUAUCCAACCAACAAAAUCCCAACCCCAAGAAAGCUGCCUGGACGAGACGUAUGCCAAGGCUACGCUCGGAUGUUCACCCACUGAAGAGAAUAAGGACGAGACGUAUGCCAAGCUACGCUCGGAUGUUCACCCACUGAAGGAGUCGAAGAGAACAAGAUUCUAG